CUGACAAACUACUUCAAAGGCGGAUCACUCGAAAAACCGACAAUCGCUAUUCCCACCAAGCAUUACAAGGCGACAGAGGAGUUUCAAUCCUCUGAGAAAGAUCUUCACGAUGCAGAGACGAGUAAGACAUGUGAAUGCACUGUUUAUAGUUUCACAAAAGAUAAUCGUCGUUACAAGUUCAUAGACACGCCUGGUCUCAGUGAUACCGAAGGAACGGAGAAAGAUGAUCAGCAUAUUACAAAAAUAAGGAAUGCUGCAGAGCAAACUGGAUCUAUGGCUGGUAUUAUCAUUGUCAUAAAUGGUACAGUAGCUAGAGCAACCGUAAACCUGCGGAACACUUUGGUUCGUUUAAGAGGUUUCGUUCCGGAUAUACUUCUGAACAACCUCAUAGUUGUCUUCACUAACUGUUCAGUGUCUUCAGCUAACUUCGAUCUGGAAUCUCUCAGACCAUGGACAGUGUCUGAAGAAAAUGUAUUUUACAUGAAUAACUCUGCCUUGAGCAAACCAAAGGACUUAUGGAUUACCAACUUGAGAAUGAAGUCAGACCUCAGCAAUAGUUGGCAGGAAUCAAUGAGAGAAAUCAACAACAUGAUACUGAGUAUGGAAAAGUUGGGAUCUGUCGCUGCUAAUGCAUUUGGAGAGAUGAGCCAGGAGAGAGCUCAAGGAAUAGAAGCCAAGAGAAAGUCUAAUGAUAUGAACAAAAAUACUGAACGCCACCUAGAUGAUCUUUUGCAGAACGGAAAUGAAGUUGUUUUAGACAAUACGGUGAUAAGGACCUCUGCAUCCCCUCCAUCUAUCUUGCAUAAUAUCCUCGUGAUUGGAGAGACAGGCUCCGGGAAAUCUACGCUAAUCAACUAUCUGACAAACUAUUUCAAAGGCGGAUCAGUUGAAGAACCGAGAAUCGCUAUUCCUACUCAGUAUCAUCAAGCGACAGAGAAGCAUCAAACCUCGGAGUUGAAUCUUCACGAUGUAACAAAGAGUAAGACUAGUGAAUGCACUGUUUACGAUUUCACAAAAGAUAAUCGUCAUUACAACUUCAUCGACACCCCUGGUCUCAGUGAUACCGAAGGAACAGAGAAGGACGAUCAGCAUAUUACAAAAAUUAGGAAUGCUGCAGAGGAAACUGGGUCUAUGACUGCUAUUAUUAUUGUUAUUAAUGGUACGGUGGCUAGAGCUACAGUAAACCUGCGGAACACUUUGACUCGUUUAAGAGGUUCUGUACCAGACAUCCUUCUGAACAAUCUCAUAGUUGUCCUUACUAAUUGUUCAGUGUCUUCAUCUAACUUCAAUCUGGAAUCCCUCGAGCCAUGGACGGUUUCUGAUGAAAAUGUGUUUUACAUGAAUAACUCUGCCUUGAGCAAACCAAAGGAAUCUUGGAUUACCAACUUGAGAAUGAAGUCAGACCUCAACAAUAGUUGGCAGGAAUCAAUGAGAGAAAUCAACAACAUGAUACUGAGUAUGGAAAAGUUGGGAUCUGUUGAUACAAAUGCAUUUGGAGAAAUGAGCCAGAAGAUUAAUAAGAUUAAAGCAGAGCUCAAUGGCAUCUUGCUCGAAGUGAAAAAACUGCAGGAUACGCAGAGUAAGCUGGAUUCUGCUAAAGAGGCUCAAGAGCAAGUUGCUGGAAAUGUUCAAAAGUUUUCAAAUUUUAAGAGAACAGAGCAAGUGGAAUAUAUAGAAAUGGAGAAGACCAGUUAUUACAAUAAGAUUUGCUUCAAUCAUCCUUUACAAGUUUGUAACGAAUUCGGUUUAUUGGAACACAUGGCCAUAAAAGUUAUGGACUUCAUAUUAGGUGCAGAUAAUUGCGACGCCUGUCACUGUAGUCGUUCAUACCACUGCACUACGAAGGAGAAGCCUGUGAAGAAAAUGAGAACAGUUGAGAGUAUCCUUCAAGAUGUGAAAAGUCUUUAUGACGAAAAUACAAGUCAAGGUAUCCGUCUUAAAGGUGAGAUCACCAAGUGGAGUACUGAUAUUGAGAUACUGGAAGCCGUUCUCGAGCAGAAAGAAAAUGAAAUUCGUGAGUGUUGUCACGAACUCAAGAAAAUUUGUCCACAAUUCAACUUCGUGGACGAGCUGAACUGCGUCUUUACCGCUAUGAUGGCACAUGCUCGUACUCUUACAUCAUUGGAAGCCCAGAAAAAGGCUGAUAAGAUGAUUAAAAAUAUCAAAGAUAUUGUAAAUGAACUAUCAAAGGAAUAA